AUGCAUACAAUUCCAAUCACCACUGAUUCUGCUGCUUCUUGGGAUUGGCCACUCCAACAUCAUGACGGAGUUGUGAAAGUAACAAACACUUCGGAGAAGUUCGAAGUUGGACUCGAUGCUGGAUUCUUCGGACCAAGUGAUAUUGAUGUGAAGGUCAAUGGACUGGAAAUUAUUAUUCAUUUGAGACAUGAGGAUCGUCAAACCGAAUACGGAGUUGUCAACCGGGAGAUUCAUCGUACCUACAAACUUCCGGAUGACGUCGAUCCAUCAACUGUGAAGUCUCAUCUCAAUUCAGCCGGAGUUCUUACUAUCACUGCAAAGAAGAUCUAG